AUGGACACUGGCGACUAUGAAACUAAUACUUUAGUUGUUAGUAACAUCUCAACCAUUACCUUCGCCUUCUAUGAACCCGCGGCUUCUUCCUCAUCCACACUCUUCAGCUCUGGUGGCAAUGAAAUCGAGGCCGCUUUUCGUAAGGAUGGAUAUCUCGCGUUUCUGGAUGCUAGUCGAAGGGGGUUGUGGUGCUUUCGUCUUGUGAUCAAGGGCAAGUCUUCUACCGAUUUGGUCGAUACUCCGUAUUUCGAGCGGAACGUUGAAAGCGCUGGAUUCAUGCUAAGCGUUACCGAGGAGGGGACAUUCGAGCCAGCUGCGCUAGUCAAACACCGAUUCUACGGUCAUAAUGCAGCUAACACACCAAGUAGCUCGUCCUCGAGCGCUUCCUCCGCUCUGGACGCAGCCUUUCGUAGCGCCCAGUCUGCCACAACUCCAUCCUUUCCGGGAUCUGUCGCCGAAUCGGAUGGCAAGACCGUCGGGUCGUCAGACUCAAAAAUGAGUUCUUCUACAUCAGUCCGAGAUGUCUAUGAGUGCCUCCUCCAGGCUUCAUAUUCCGCGAUAACGUCAUGCCUCUCUGCAAAGACUGGUGCUGUACCUCUGACAUCCCGGACACUACUCUUACCAGCAGUCGAUCAGACCGAAUGCAGCACCUCCACACCAAUCCUUGCAUCAUUACGGAUAUAUCUCACAACAACCGGGUGCCUAAUAGUUAGUCUGAGCCACUCUUUCGCCAAUAGCCUCAUUACAUUGUCCGAAAACAUUACUAGCCAGCUGCCACCAUUGGGAGUUACCGUUCUGGCAGCCCCUUUAGGAAUGUUUGCAACCUGUCAUCUAUAUAGCUUGACUGAGGCAACUACUACGGAUGCAAGUCUUGGCCAGUCUCCAGACACCCAACAUCGCUUUAGACAUGAGAGAGACGAGGGGCCCUGGAGAAAUCUAUGCUCGAGAUUGAUACAGUCUCGAACAGCCUCCUUAUCAGCGAAGGCAUCACAGAAAUUUGUGGGACUUCAGCGCUUGCGGCGAAAACUAGUUGAACAGAAUAGCGAUGGGAAACGAACUCCAAUGAUGGGCACCGCUCCCAACAUACGCUGGCCCGCAAAUUUAUGCUUCUGCAAAACGCUCACAAAUUUAUCGAUGAACGGAUCUGAGGAGCUGAUUGGAUCUCAGCUGGAGAAGAGUUUUGACCCCCUUACUGCUGCAAAGACGUGGUUUUCCAGCAGUGCUGAACGAGAGGCAAUAAUCAGUCAAAAGAAGAAAGAAAGAGAUACUCUAGCAGUACAAGAAGGGGCGCUUCCAGAGCAGCAGGUUCAGAUCUCUAAUAGUUUAUCUCCUCUUGCCUCACACCGGCCUACCCAAAGCGGCAUCCUAGGGAGUACAAUGUACCCAACACCACCUCAAGGGGUUAUAGGCGUUACGCCAUCGAUGGACGGUACCCUCUCCAGCCCUAGUAAUAAUCUUACUGCUCCAAACAUGGCCGAGAUGGAUGCUGCAUCGCAUCCACCGGCAGAGUUAUAUGGCGAAAACUGGGAGAGCACAGAAAUCAAACGAGAGCGCGCCGGUACUUCAUUCGAAUCGGAAAACCUCUUUGGCGAGCUGGGCCCAGAUAUGUUUGGAGAUAACGAUAUCACAGAGGCGGACUUCAGUUUCUUCGACCAACAGCCCGACGGCAAUAUAGAUUUGACCUCUUUAGAUCUGGCCACUGUUCCUAAUGCUAAUGCCACUCCUAGUCUCGAUGUUAGUCUGGCAGCAAGUCAGGUGCCUCCUAAUAAAAUGGACCCGCCGCACAUAUCUGCCUCUGAGCUUACGCCCACGUUCGCAAAGCCAGAGCUUCGACACGCUCGGAGCUCAUUGGGUGAUGAACCGCGUCGACCUGUCUCAGACGUGAACCAAACAAGCAACGCAAUGAUCAAAAGACCUGCAAGUCCAUUCAAUCCAGACACGGUCUAUAAGAGGAUCCGAGCAUCUCUUGACAAUCAUAAGGCUACACAGCAGAACUCACUAGUUUACGCAAACCAUAAUAGUAUAUUUGAUAAGGUAGAUUUCGGGCCAGGUCUUUCAUUGGUCAAUAGUAAGUAUGAGGGAAGUGGACGGUUCGACUUUUCUAUGAACCAAUCGAAGGCAACUAGACCUUCCAACCUCGAGACACCCGCAACAACCGACUAUCUUCGGCGCCAUGGUAAGGGCCGAAAAAAUCUCAAAGAGCUGCCAAUGGCAUAUGGUGAGCUGCUCAUCCGUAUGCGAGGCAAUCAGAACUCGGCUUCCAAUCGUCCUAGUCCUCAGCAUCUCGAUGCCCCUCAUUCAGAUGCGGAUGAUAUGAGUCUAAUGUCUGAUCAAGAUGAUUCAAGUUAUGACAGUGACGAGCCUCCGUCCCCAGUGAAGUCGUCAAGUAUUCGACGCCGCCGCGGUGAUGAUGACGGUGACUCGCUAGCUACCUCAUUCAAAGAUUUAGAAAUGAUGGAUGCUGCAGCCCCCCAUCUACCUUUUGAGCUGUCGCGAAACUCGAAGUAUGAAAUUGACAUACCGCUGACCAAGUAUUUUGCGGAUCCCGAACCUGCCUGGGUUCAAUAUUCGUUACCAGAUGACCAAUUCAUCAUGGCCGCACAGAUCUUAACUGAUCAAGUCACGGCUAGUACACUACUAUCAGGCACAGUCACUGAUUCUCCGCUUCAUUCGGGAGUAGAUCGACGCCGUCAUCUCUCCAACAUAACACGUAACGCAAUAAAGGAGCUUCAGCAAGGCUUCCCUGUUUAUUUCCAGUCCACCACAGGCCAUCAGUUGCGUUCGUUUAUUGAACUCCCAGAUGUCCCUCUCCUGGGUCAACCUACUCGAUUACAACCAAGGCCGCCAGGUUCAGACCACAUUAAGCCAAGUAAUAUCUUUCAAAUUCCCUCCCCUCGGUUCGAGAUGCGGCGUUAUGAAUCUAGGCUAUCCGUUCUACCUUCAUCUAUAUCAUUUUGGGAAAGCUUGGGCUUAAGCCCUACGCACGGCACGAAAGAUAUUAAUGCAAUUUGUCUUUUCCCCAAUCAAGAAGGUGUUUCGGACAGUAUUUCAGUAUUCACAGACAGAAUGCGAAGUACCUACGAGUCCUUCAAGCUGGGUUCAUUCAGCAGAUUAUCGACGCCGUCUGGUGACGAGGACGGUUUAUUUCCGUUCGACCUCGAGAAAGAGGUUAUUUCGUUCGGCAAAACCACGUCUUUCUUAGGGCCAUCUCUUCAGAGCUGUGCAUCGAGAGUGUGCAAAGCACUCUCGACCGUUUCGGCUGAGCAGAUGAAUUUUGUGAUCUUCUUUGUUUACACACCAGAUGUUCCAGGGUCGAUAGUCGAAUGUUGCGCUGCCUUUAACGAGAUUUUUGAAGGUUAUAAGAGAAUCCUAACUAACAAGAAACUGCCCUUUGUGAACGAAAUGGCUCUUCAAUUGAUACCCCAAAACCUAGUUGCAUCAUCCAGUUCGGUUCCUAUGCCAUCGCCAUCGGAUUUAUCAAAACUUGCACUUGAAAUCUACGACAGAUGCACAAUUUUUGGUGGCGCUAUGCCAUCCCCGGCUAUCAUGCUUGAGCAAGCUCUACCUCGAAUGAUUGACUUCAAAUUGAACCCAACGCCUUCAACAUCUGUGUUGCAUGAGAAUUCAUGCCUCCAUCUCGGGUAUGCUCAAAGCAUAGACGAAAGGUGGAUCACGGUGGCAUGGACAGACAAUAGGGGUAGCCAGCAAAUGACCACAUCGUACUGUCUGGGAAGGAAAGGGAAAAAUAUAGCCACACCCUUGGCGGACGUUAUUCAUGAGAUAUGGUCGACCACCCGAGAACUCAUCUCCUCUUGGAAAGUCAACUGGCGCAUCAUAGUGGCUAAAUGCGGCGUAAUGGAUAUCCAUGAGAUUGAACUGUGGUCUAGCCUGGUACAACCAGAUCCCAAAUCUGGCAUCAACUUGACUCUAGUCACGGUUGACACUGAUCCAUCUCUACAAUUACUCCCCCCAGCAGCCAAAAUACCAAACAACGCUACCUCCAUCCUCUAUACUACCCCUGGAUCGACCCCACAAGGGGCAACAGUGUCUCCAGAGCAGAGCGGUAAUGCCACAACCCCGUUCCGGGACAAUGCUACAACGAGCGGGCAGACACCGGGCGGCGACAAUAACGCAACGGACUCAGAUAUUGAUGCCACCCUGACAGACACUACUGACCAAACGUGGGGUGUUAUUUUAUCGCAUAGACUACAGUCUUCGGUAUCCUUAACGGACCCAAACCCGGUCCUUGUCAGUGGAUACCUCGUGAAGCGCUCAGGAGUUAACAUUGUUCACAGCGAGAACAACCCUAGAGCAUAUGAGGCCCUCCUGCGGGAAAUGCUUACAUAUUACCGAGGUCUGGGCACACUUGCCCGGACCCGGGGUAUGAUAGAUAAAGACACCGAUAUACGGCCGUGGCACAUCGCCGCUGCUGAAAAGGGCGUCAGAGCAUUGUACAUGCUGAUGUAA